AUGGCUGCCGCAAAUCCAGCAGUGGAGCUGCAGCGGAUCCGCCAGGAGGUUGCAUGUCUUCGAAGAAAGAUUUCUUCGUUGUCACGGACGAGAAGAGCCGAGAAGCAGCGGGAAGCCAACAUGGGCUUGAAUCCCCGUCAAGUGUUUGUCUUAUUGGCGAUUUAUGUACUUACUGGUGACCCAGCGGUGGCUCUCGAGUAUAUCAGCGCGAAGGCUGCGCGUGAAAGGAUGGAAGAGGCAGACGCAGAAGACAAGAAACGAUAUGUAGAAGAGCUGUACCUCAAAACAAGCUUGGAAGACAUAGCAUCGCUGCAGGAUCCUUCUGGUUCGCGGCAGGGCAUUUACAAGACUGCACAGCGUUGGAUUGCCAGACGAAGAACCAGAAACUUCGUGUGCAAUAUGAAUGCGAUUGGCGUGGCUCCAAGUUCAGAGCAAGUUGCAGAAGAAUAUCGCAAACAAAGUGCGUCCUCUGUACCAACUACCGAUGCCCGUGGAUUACGAGCCUGGAGCAGUCGCUUCCGUCGCAGUUUUGCCUUCCGGCUGGGCAAGAUGAAAGCGGCCAAGCCAGUGGAAGAUGUUUGUGCAAAGGCCGUGCUCUUCUGGCGCCACGCUGCUUGGUUGGAACGCUCCAGCGCGAAGCAGCCAGUCUACAUCAAUAUAGAUGAAACGGCUUUAGCCUAUUCGUUCCAUGCUGCGCCUGGCCUGAUACAGCGGAAAUUCCACGCAGAGGUUCAAAUUAGACCUCAAGACGCACGUGGGUGCAUCACCCACGUCGCUCUCGAUUCCUCAUGGAAUUCAGCACGACAUAUGGUCUCCUUGCUAACUCUCUUGGGUCAGCUCUUUCGCAUCCGCUUCCCGCAAUAUCAGGCCAUUGUUGUCUUCGACGCGGCCUCGUGCCAUCUUUCUCCGGGCGUCAUAAGAGAAGGACGCCUCCAGGGGUUAUUCAUGCUGCCGGUGCCCCCAGGCAUGACGUCCUACCUGCAGCCUUUAGAUUUAUGGUGUUUUGGACCAUAUAAGAAAUGGUUGGAGCGCGAAAACCGCCAGCAGCGAAUUUGCCAAAAUGGGCUCGCCUUUGCACAGGCAGGCCUUCCCACAUCCGAGCAAAGGUUGCAUGGCAAGCUUGCCUCGCUGUUCCCGGAGGGAAUUCCCAGUCUGGAGCAAGCUUUGUCUCCAGAUGAAUUUGCACAGUUGUUGCCUAAAAGGCACGACUUGACCCGGACUUUUUCUGACUGGGUGGGCGGUCCCCGGCGAGAGGUGCCGGUGCUUUCCUAA